AUGGAGAAUAAUUAUGCUUUCUUCAUCUUCUCUACCCUGCUAAUUAUAAUACUCAGCAGCACCAUUAACAGUAAAACAUCCUUAGCCGACACAACCGACAAAAACGCACUUGUCCAAUUCAAAACUUCCAUCACCUCCGACCCUUACCGUCGCUUGGCCACAAACUGGUCGAUCGAUACCUCUUCCUCCUCUGUUUGUCAAUGGAUUGGUGUUUCAUGCGGCACCAAACACAAUAACAGAGUCACCGGCCUUAACAUUUCCGGUUUUGGCCUCAGAGGAACUCUGUCCCCACAUCUUGGGAACUUGACGUUUUUAAGAUACUUAGACAUCAGUUAUAAUAAUUUCACGGGGCCCAUACCUCGUGAGCUGUCUCAUCUGCGCCGCCUGAGGUCUAUAGAUAUGGGAUUCAACUCGUUUGCCGGACAAAUACCAACCUGGUUUGGGGAGUUAACUCAACUCGAGAUAAUGCGUCUGAACAACAACACAUUCACAGGUAGAAAUCCCUAA